UUCUCACUACCUAAUCACCAUAGUUACUAUUGCCGUAGUUACCAAGCAGUUACAUUUUAAAGAAUACCGAAUGAAGUACAUAAGAAGCGUUUGCAUUGUUGUCACAUCCGGGCAACUUAAUUUCCUACUUCAACACAAAUCGUAGUUUGUGUGAAGAAAAAUGAGCUCUAGCGAUGUAACAGGCGAGAGAUCAUUAGGAGGAGGCAGACGCAAACGAAAGAGCUCUAAAACGUCGAUGGUCGAGCCAGACGACGCAGAAGACUCGGAAGGACGAAAUCCCUCGGAUGGUGAUGGAACAGAAAAGCAAAGAGAGACUCACAAUCAAAUCGAGAAGCGAAGACGAGAGAAGAUGAACACGUAUAUCAACGAGUUGUCGGCAUUGGUUCCUGAGUGUGUGCAGACGAACAAGAGAAUGGAUAAACUGACAGUUUUGAAGUUGGCUGUUCGGCAUCUGAGAGAGCUGAGAGGUUGAGGAGCUGAGUGCUGUGUUGUGUUGUGUGUUGCUUAGUUUGUGUGUGUGUGUGUGUGUGUGUGUGUGUGUGUGUGUGUGUGUCUGUGU